AUGCCUCCAGCAAAACCCGCUGCACCAUCUCGAAAACGUAACAGGAAACGCAAGCGACGUGUAGCUUCGUCGUCUUCGUCGUCUGGCGACUCUUCCGACUCUUCCUCCUCCGGCGAUGAAGCAAAAAUUACCAUAACGAAAACGGUCUCCUCCAAAAAGCCUGCGCCAACGCGACAAUCAUCGGAAUCUGCAUCCUCAUCAUCUUCCUCUUCAGAAUCUGAUGAUUCGGAUUCCGAUGUCCCACCAAUACCUCCCGCUGGACAUGCGGCCCCUACCACUGCCACAGUUAUCCCUACUCGCGUCGAGAGACGAAGAUCACCAUCGCCUACCCCACCUCCUGCACCCAUACCUUCCUUUUUGCCUGGUUUAGGAGCUCCAAAUGCGGCCGAGAAUGAGCAGGUUUUGAAGGAUAGAUUCAGGAAGUUUUGGAUGACUUCGGUGGCGGACGGAUUCAGGGAUGACUUGGAGCAGAUACGGAAGGAGCCCAAUAUGACUUCGUCGAGACUGGGUCUGCUCAUCGAUUCGUUGGCUUCGGGGGCGGAAGUGUUCAGUUCCUCGUCACGGACAGGUAAAGAUAGCGAGAUGGACGUUGUACUUGAUGGUCCCUAGGCCUGAGGUCUGUUAUUUGUAUCGAUAUGUUUGUUUUUAUGCGUGCGUCUACUCUCUGGCUCGUGUGCUAGUCUUCGCUUGUAGUCUCUAUGUCUCCAUACAGGACACGCUGCACGUCGUCCGUUCAGCAUUCGUGUCUGACCAUAAUACACCCGGGAAAGAUUUC